UCAGAUCGUCUACAGGGGAGGGGGCUUGGUCGUCACCCCCCUCUCUCUUGUGCGCUCUCCCUCUCUUUCCUCUCACCAGACAAUAUCACUGCAGAAAGGUACAAGCGGCCGCUCUCCACAGGGCUAUUGAACAACUCCCGUUUCGUACGAUUUUGGCCUGGAAUUGAUGACAGAAAGUAUCUGUAAAUGAGGCACGCCACGUGUAUUUGCCUGUUUUUUUGGACAGCAUUUGGUGGAAUCGAUUCUAUUGGAAGAUUUAACCCUGUGUGAGCAGCAGUUCUGGAAUAUAGAUCUUUUUUUUUGUUGCGCUGAGAGCUUGAAUCUUUGCUUCUAUUCCUUUUACAACAUCAGUGGCAGCGCGCGGGGUUUGGUGUCAUUGGUCCGGCUUUUGAUGCACCCUAUUUAAAACAUCUGCGGGCAAAUUGAUAGGAUUUUGAUUCAUAGGUAGGCUAGCAGCAAAUGGUGCUAGUGCCAUGUUUCUUAGGUAGGGCCCGGAUGUUCCGAGGAUGCACUGGUUCGUCUUCUUAGGUGGUUCAAGCGAAUAUCUAUUUAUGUGUUCCAACUCCAGAAUGGGGAUCAGGUAAUAUUUACUGAAACGCAACAAAAAAAAAAGGGAUAUCGAAAGCUGUCCGGGCGUUAUUCUUUUUUUAUUUUCCUUCUCUUUGGUUUCUUUUUUUUCUUCCUCUCUACUCCUUUUUACAAGCCUUUUCUCCAUUCACCUACGGAUAAAGCUGGACCACAUUUAUGGUAAAUGAAAGCAAAAACAUGUACAUACCAGAGGACACCCUUGAGAACCAUCAAGGCUCCGACUACUCCCCCCCACCGCUGCCGGUGGUGGCGCCCAGUCUGAACGAUACCAGCGUUGCAGAUGGAGGAGGCGGCGUGGGUGGCGUCACAGCCCUGGGUGGAAGUGGAGGUGGGCGCGGGCCCCUGGAGGCCGUGGUCGGAGGGGCGGUGGUGGGGCUAGCGGCAGAGCACAUCCCCAGCGGCCCCGGGGCGGCCCUCACCUGGCAGGCGGCCAUCGAGGCGGCGCGGCAGGCCAAGCAGAUGGGGAACGCGGGCGCACCCAUCUGCACAGCCAGCUCCACACAGAGGAAGAGGCAGCACUACACCAACAAGCCCAAGAAACCCAUCAACACAGCCCCAACCAGACCUCCCAGAGCCCUGCUCUGCCUCACCCUCAAGAACCCCAUCCGCAGAGCAUGCAUCAGCAUCGUGGAGUGGAAACCGUUUGAAAUUAUCAUUUUGAUGACUAUAUUUGCGAACUGCGUGGCCUUAGCUGUCUACAUCCCCUUCCCAGAGGACGACUCCAACGCCACCAACUCAAACCUGGAGCGGGUAGAGUAUCUCUUUCUCAUCGUCUUCACAGUAGAAGCCUUUCUGAAGGUAAUAGCCUACGGACUGCUCUUCCACCCGAACGCAUACCUGAGGAACGGAUGGAACUUAUUGGAUUUCAUCAUCGUGGUCGUGGGGCUCUUCAGUGCUAUAUUAGAGCAGGCCACCAAAGUGGAUGGAGGGACGCCCAUAGGAGGGAAGGCAGCGGGCUUCGAUGUGAAGGCACUACGGGCGUUCAGGGUGCUCAGGCCACUCAGACUGGUGUCUGGGGUGCCCAGCCUUCAGGUUGUGCUGAACUCCAUCAUCAAGGCCAUGGUCCCUCUCCUCCACAUCGCCCUGCUGGUCCUGUUCGUCAUCAUCAUCUACGCCAUCAUCGGCCUGGAGCUGUUCAUGGGCAAGAUGCACCGCACCUGUUUCUAUAACAGAGAGGGACAUCCCUUCUACAGAGGUCCCAUAGUGGAGGAGAAGCCGGCCCCCUGCGCUCCUAACGGGGCUCACGGCCGCCACUGCUCCCAGAACGCCACGCAAUGCAUGAUGGGCUGGGAGGGGCCUAACGAUGGCAUCACUAACUUCGACAACUUUGCGUUUGCCAUGUUGACGGUGUUCCAGUGUAUCACCAUGGAGGGCUGGACAGACGUCCUCUACUGGGUCAACGACGCUGUAGGGAGUGGCUGGCCCUGGCUCUAUUUUGUCACGCUAAUCAUCAUAGGGUCAUUUUUUGUGCUUAACUUGGUGUUGGGGGUGUUGAGCGGAGAGUUUUCCAAGGAGAGAGAGAAGGCCAAGGCCAGAGGAGACUUCCAGAAGCUGAGAGAGAAGCAACAGCUGGAGGAGGACCUGAAGGGUUAUCUGGACUGGAUCACACAGGCUGAAGACAUCGACCCAGAGAAUGAGGAGGAGGGGCUCGACGAGGAGAAGCCCAGAAACCUGAGCAUGCCGGCCAGUGAGAAUGAGUCAGUGAACACUGACGCCACUCCAGCAGGAGAUAUGGAGGGAGAGACCUGCUGUACCCGGCUAGCAAAUAGAAUCUCCAAAUCCAAGUUCAGUCGGUACUCGCGGCGGUGGAACCGUCUGUGUCGUCGUAAGUGUCGAGCGGGGGUCAAAUCCAGCGUGUUCUAUUGGCUGGUGAUCUUCCUGGUCUUCCUCAACACUCUAACCAUCGCUUCAGAGCACCAUAAACAGGCUGACUGGCUCACAGAGGCCCAAGACAUAGCCAACAAGGUCCUGCUGGCAUUGUUUACAGGGGAGAUGCUGUUAAAGAUGUACAGCCUGGGUCUACAGGCCUACUUCGUGUCUCUGUUCAACCGCUUUGACAGCUUCGUGGUGUGUGGAGGCAUCCUGGAGACCAUUCUGGUGGAGACCAAGAUCAUGUCCCCGCUAGGCAUCUCUGUGCUGCGCUGCGUACGCCUUCUACGUAUCUUCAAAAUCACAAGGUAUUGGAACUCUCUGAGUAACCUGGUGGCAUCGCUGCUUAACUCUGUUCGCUCCAUCGCCUCCCUGUUACUGCUACUCUUCCUCUUCAUCAUCAUCUUCAGCCUGCUCGGCAUGCAGCUCUUCGGAGGCAAGUUCAACUUCGACGAGACGCGCCGGUCAACCUUCGACAACUUCCCCCAGUCGCUGCUCACCGUCUUUCAGAUCCUGACAGGUGAGGACUGGAACUCGGUGAUGUAUGACGGCAUCAUGGCCUACGGAGGGGCGUCCUUCCCAGGGAUGCUAGUCUGUAUCUACUUCAUCAUCCUGUUCAUCUGUGGAAACUAUAUCCUCCUGAAUGUCUUCUUGGCCAUCGCCGUGGACAACCUGGCUGAUGCUGAGAGUCUGACGUCAGCACAGAAGGAGGAGGAGGAGGAGAAGGAGAGGAAGAAGCUGGCCAGAACGGCCAGUCCAGAGAAGCGCCAUGUCAACGAAAAGCCCCCGAUGAUCGAGGUAGAAGAGAAGAAGGAGGAGAAGAUUGAGCUGAAGUCCAUCACCUCAGACGGAGAGACAACCAAUGCCACCAAGAUCAACAUUGAUGAGUACCAAGUAGAUGUGAAUGAAGAGAAGAACCCGUAUCCAGCUAAUGAUUUUCCAGGAGAGGAUGAGGACCCUGAGAUGCCGGUGGGCCCCCGGCCUCGGCCCCUGUCUGAUAUUCAGCUGAAGGAGAAGGCUAUUCCCAUGCCUGAGGCCCGGGCUUUCUUCAUCUUCAGCAACACCAACAAGUUCAGGGUUCUGUGCCAUAAGAUGGUGAACCACAACAUCUUCACCAACCUCAUCCUGUUCUUCAUUCUACUGAGCAGUAUCUCUCUGGCAGCAGAGGACCCUGUCCGGAACGACUCCUUCAGGAACCAGAUAUUAGGCUAUGCAGACCACGUCUUCACUGGGCUCUUCACCAUAGAGAUCAUUCUGAAGAUGACAGCGUACGGGGCGUUCAUCCAUAAGGGUUCGUUCUGUCGGAACUACUUCAACAUUCUGGAUCUGGUGGUGGUCAGCGUGUCGCUCAUCUCCUCUGGAAUACAGUCCAGUGCCAUCAACGUGGUGAAGAUCCUUCGUGUUCUCAGAGUGCUUCGGCCCCUGAGGGCUAUCAACAGGGCCAAGGGCCUCAAACAUGUGGUCCAGUGUGUGUUCGUGGCCAUCCGAACCAUUGGAAACAUCGUGAUCGUCACCUCUCUGCUGCAGUUCAUGUUCGCCUGCAUCGGAGUACAACUCUUCAAGGGGAAGUUUUUCUACUGCUCAGACAGCUCCAAGUCUACAGAGCCUGAAUGCAGGGGUUCAUACAUCAUGUAUAAGGACGGGGAUGUGGGGAAGCCAGAGAGGUCCAUGCGUGUCUGGGAGAACAGUGACUUCAACUUUGACGACGUGCUCCAGGGGAUGAUGGCUCUGUUCGCUGUCUCCACCUUCGAAGGAUGGCCAGCACUCCUGUACCGGGCCAUAGACUCCCAUUCAGAGGACCUGGGCCCUGUCUACAACUACAGAGUGGUCGUGUCCAUCUUCUUCAUCAUCUACAUCAUCAUCAUCGCCUUCUUCAUGAUGAACAUCUUCGUCGGUUUCGUCAUUGUCACCUUUCAGGAGCAGGGAGAGCAGGAGUACAAGAACUGUGAGCUGGACAAGAACCAGCGUCAGUGUGUGGAAUAUGCCCUGAAGGCCCGUCCUCUACGUCGGUACAUCCCUAAGAACCAGUACCAGUACAAGGUGUGGUACGUGGUCAACUCCACCUACUUUGAGUACCUGAUGUUUACUCUCAUCCUGCUGAACACCAUCUGUCUGGCCAUGCAGCAUCACGGCCAGACCCACUCCUUCAACGAUGCUAUGAACAUCCUCAACAUGCUCUUCACCGGCCUCUUCACUGUGGAGAUGAUCCUUAAACUCAUCGCCUUCAAACCACGGGGUUACUUUAGUGAUCCUUGGAAUGUUUUUGACUUCCUCAUCGUAAUUGGCAGCAUAAUAGACGUCAUUCUGAGUGAGAUCAACCAUUAUUUUGUUGAUGCAUGGAACACAUUUGAUGCCUUGAUAGUUGUGGGUAGCGUUGUUGACAUAGCGAUCACUGAGGUUAACGGACUACAAAACUCUGAAGAUAACGCCAGGAUCUCCAUCACCUUCUUCCGGCUGUUCAGAGUGAUGAGGCUGGUCAAACUGCUGUCUCGGGGAGAAGGGAUACGGACCCUGCUGUGGACCUUCAUCAAGUCCUUUCAAGCCCUCCCCUAUGUAGCACUGCUCAUAGUGAUGCUCUUUUUCAUCUACGCCGUCAUUGGGAUGCAGAUGUUUGGUAAGAUAGCCCUGAGGGACAACAGUCAGAUCAACAGGAACAACAACUUCCAGACCUUCCCCCAGGCUACACUCCUGCUCUUCAGGUGUGCCACAGGCGAGGCGUGGCAGGAGAUCAUGCUGGCAUGCGCCCCCAUGCGACCCUGUGAGAAGGGGUCAGAGGUGGGACCAGCCAGCGAGGACCAGUGUGGGAGUCACUUCGCUAUCUUCUACUUCGUCAGUUUCUACAUGCUCUGUGCCUUCCUGAUCAUCAACCUGUUUGUGGCUGUGAUCAUGGAUAACUUUGACUACCUGACCAGAGACUGGUCUAUUCUAGGACCUCACCACCUGGAUGAGUUCAAGAGGAUCUGGGCUGAGUACGACCCAGAGGCAAAGGGUCGUAUCAAGCACCUAGAUGUGGUAACACUGUUGAGGAGGAUUCAGCCUCCUUUGGGCUUCGGGAAGCUCUGUCCCCACCGGGUGGCCUGCAAGCGUCUGGUCUCCAUGAACAUGCCCCUGAACAGCGAUGGCACAGUCAUGUUCAAUGCCACCCUGUUUGCCCUGGUGCGAACAGCACUGAGGAUCAAGACUGAUGGUAACUUGGAGCAGGCGAACGAGGAGCUCCGAGCCAUAGUGAAGAAGAUCUGGAAGAGGACCAGUAUGAAGCUGCUGGAUCAGGUGGUGCCCCCUGCUGGAGAUGAUGAGGUGACGGUUGGGAAGUUCUACGCCACCUUCCUGAUCCAGGAGUACUUCAGGAAGUUUAAGAAGCGUAAAGAGCAGGGCCUGGUGGCCAAGGUGCCCCCCAAGACGGCUCUCUCCCUGCAGGCGGGCCUGCGGACGCUCCAUGACAUGGGUCCUGAGAUCCGGAGGGCCAUAUCAGGUGACCUCACAGUGGAGGAAGACCUGGACAAGUCGAUGAAGGAGCCGGUCUCGGCAGCGUCCGAGGACGAUAUCUUCAGGCGAGCGGGUGGGUUGUUCGGCAACCACGUCAGCUACUACAACGACGGGCGCGACAGCGGACGCAACACCUUCCCACAAUCCUUCACCACGCAGCGCCCGCUCCACAUCAGCCAGACGGGCAGCCCCGGCGAGGGCGAUUCCCCGUCCCACGAGAAGUUGAUGGACUCUACCACCUUCACCCCGAGCUCCUACUCUUCCUCGGGCUCCAAUGCUAACAUCAACAAUGCCAACAACACGGCGGUCCCCGGUGUGGUAGUGGGGGUUGGUGGUCCAGGGGGGGUCAGCCGUUUCCCGAACCCCAGCAUCAGUACAGUGGAUGGGCAGAGCGGACCCCCGCUAACCCCUAUACUACUGCCGAGGUCUGCAUGGUGCUUCCCUCCCAAGAGGAUGUGUUUCUAUGACUCCCUCAUGCGCUCGGACUCCACUGAUAGCCGUCUGCCGUUCAUCAGGCGAGAGGAGGUGUCGACGGACGAGACGUACGAUGAGAGUUACGCGGACGAGAGAGAAUACCGCCGAAGCGACCAGAACAUUCUCACCUCAGACAUGCUGGUAUAUCAGGAUGAGGAGAACAAGCAGCUGACUCCUAUGGAGGAAGGAGAGGAUGGGGGAGGCAGGAGACCCUGGCACUCUCCCAGACGAGCCUUCCUCUGUCCCACAGCUCUGGGUCGGCGGUCGUCCUUCCAUCUGGAGUGUCUGAGGAGACAGACGAGAGCAGAUGUCUCCCAGAAGACAGUACUACCUCUGCACCUGGUACACCAUCAGGCACUAGCAGUAGCAGGUCUGAGCCCCCUGCUUCGACGGAGCCACUCCCCGACCCUCUUCACGCAGCUCUGCUCUACGUCUCCUACCAGUCCCACAGGCCGGGGUAGCCAGGCCUCCUACCAGCGUGUGCCCACCCUUCGUCUCCAGGGCACGGGCCCUGGCACCGGCUCCUACGAGCUCAACUCCAGCCUGCCCUCGGUCAACUGUGGGCCGUGGUACAGCGACAGCAACGGGAACAGUCCUGGUAUCAGCCCUCGGGUGGGUACGGCUAGCCAGCGGCCGCCGCGGCCCGUCUCCCUCACUGUCCCUAGCACGGUGCACAAGGACGCUACAUCGUUGUCCCACGGCAGCGCCGGCAGUCUGGUGGAAGCUGUGUUGAUAUCAGAGGGCCUGGGCCAUUUCGCUCAGGACCCGUCCUUCAUCGAGGUGACCAAGCAGGAGCUGGCGGACGCGUGUGACAUGACCAUCGAGGAGAUGGAGAACGCAGCCGACAACAUCCUCAAUGGCAACAGCCAGCCCAGUCCCAACGGCAACCUUUUACCCUACAUGCACUGCAACAGGGACCAUGCUGCUUCCCAGGAGCCAGGCCUCAGCGAUGGGCCUGGGGCCGUUCGGGGGGCCACGGCCCCUGGGGAGAUUGAGGAGCUACUAGGGGCCACUCACCUAGGACAGCACGGGGAUCCGGAGGAUGAGGAGGGGUUGGAGGUGGUGGGAGGGGAGGAAGAGCACACCGGGGGUGUGGAGGUGGUGGUUGAGGUUGGGCAGAGGAACAGCGGCCUGUUGGAGGAUGAGGACAUGGAGUGUGUGACCAGUUUGUAGGGUUGGACCCUCACACACACAGCAGCAACAGUGAACCUCUGUCUGGACCCCCUCUAUCUCUCUCUCUCUGUCUGGACCCCCUCUAUCUCUCUCUCUCUGUCUGGACCCCCUCUAUCUCUCUCUCUCUGUCUGGACCCCCUCUAUCUCUCUCUCUCUGUCUGGACCCCCUCUCUCUCUCUCUCUCUGUCUGCUGGAUGAGACCUGGCGUCAGCGGUCCACAGACCAUUACUUCUAAACAUACUUAAAACCUUUUAUGGAAGAUACUUUAUUUGAUUUGAUUGAGAUGGGUUUUCGUGUGUGUGUGUGUGUGUGUGUGUGUGUGUGUGUGUGUGUGUGUGUGUGUGUGUGUGUGUGUGUGUGUGUGUGUGUGUGUGUGUGUGUGUGUGUGUGUGUGUGUGUGUGUGUGUGUGUGUGUGUGUGUGUGUGUGUGUUUAGGUGUGUCUCUGGGUGUUUCAAAAGUGCCUCACAGUUAUCACGUCCUUGAACAAAUGGUGGAGUAGGGAAGCCAAAAUGAAAAGGACAACAGUCAGGAGAAUAGAGGAGGAGUAGGGGAGCCAAAAUGAAAAGGACAACAGUCAGGAGAAUAGAGGAGGAGUAGGGGAGCCAAUAUGAAAAGGACAACAGUCAGGAGAAUAGAGGAGGAGUAGGGGAGCCAAAAUGAAAAGGACAACAGUCAGGAGAAUAGAGGAGGAGUAGGGGAGACAAUAUGAAAAGGACAACAGUCAGGAGAAUAGAGGAGGAGUAGGGGAGACAAUAUGAAAAGGACAACAGUCAGGAGAAUAGAGGAGGAGUAGGGGAGACAAUAUGAAAAGGACAACAGUCAGGAGAAUAGAGGAGGAGUAGGGGAGACAAUAUGAAAAGGACAACAGUCAGGAGAAUAGAGGAGGAGUAGGGGAGACAAUAUGAAAAGGACAACAGUCAGGAGAAUAGAGGAGGAGUAGGGGAGCCAAUAUGAAAAGGACAACAGUCAGGAGAAUAGAGGAGGAGUAGGGGAGACAAUAUGAAAAGGACAACAGUCAGGAGAAUAGAGGAGGAGUAGGGAAGCCAAAAUGAAAAGGACAACAGUCAGGAGAAUAGAGGAGGAGUAGGGGAGCCAAAAUGAAAAGGACAACAGUCAGGAGAAUAGAGGAGGAGUAGGGGAGCCAAAAUGAAAAGGACAACAGUCAGGAGAAUAGAGGAGGAGUAGGGGAGCCAAUAUGAAAAGGACAACAGUCAGGAGAAUAGAGGAGGAAGAGGAACUGUAUGUUUGUAUUCCAUGUGUUGUUUCUGUCUUCCCUUCCCUUCGUUCUUCAAGUGCGUCAUUUUCGUCGCUGUGGCCACCAGGCAGAUGCAUUCUGGGAUAAUAAAUAACCUCUGCCCCGGCGGAGUUAAGAGGUUAGAGGUCGUGCUGUUGAAGUUCAAAGGUCUUCUUCCUAUUCCUCCUCGCGCUGCAUUGCCCUUCAGAGCUUGGCCACCUACUGUAAGACUGCUGGAUUCUGCUGGCGACCAACACAUUAAACCUUUGGAAGAGGGAACUGCCAGCGAGGGGGACGUGUUUAAGGGACGGACCCUCACCCAGGAUUUCUAUAUUGACAUUAAACAUUGACACUGGACUGUACGGAGGAGCCAACGACAGGGAGAGACACUGACAUCCAGGAUCUGUUUAUCUGUAAGGAGGAGCCAGCAACAGAGAGCAACACCGAGAGACACUGACAUCCAGGAUCUGUUUAUCUUUAAGAAGGAGCCAGCAACAGAGAGCAACACCGAGAGACACUGACAUCCAGGAUCUGUUUAUCUGUAAGGAGGAGCCAGCAACAGAGACCAACACCGAGAGACACUGACAUCCAGGAUCUGUUUAUCUUCAUCAUGCUCAGCUGUCGUGCUGUCCACCAACACCCUACGCCCUCCUCCUCUCCUCCAUCCCUCUUUCCUCCCUCCACCACUCGCUCACCUCCCUCUCUGUCAUAAUGCCGCCACUUCCUCAUCACAUGCAGCCACUUCCUGUUCCAAACAGGAAGUGUUGACUAACGUCUGGUUCUAAACAGGGACAGCGCCACCUAGCUGCCCUGGUUACCUCAACCUCCCAUCCUCCGUUUGUUCUCUCUCUCUCUCUCUCUCUCUCUCUCUCUCUCUCUCUCUCUCUAUCUCUCUCUCUCUCUCAGUUCAGUUAUUAAAUCUGCGUUGUUUUGGUUGUAGUAGUUUAUCGGUUCUAGUUUUAAACUCCUCAGUGGUCCGUUCAUCCUGCUAUCCUCGCUGUAUGAUGUUUUGGGGAAUGAGUGUAGGAGAGGAGGAGAAGAAACUGGGCAGGGCUGAGGUAAGCUGUGGCCUUUCUUGUCUGUGACAAUACAGUGGCUAGGUGUUGGUGCCAAGUCGCUAUAAUCACCACAACACACAGAUCAGAAUCCGAUCCACUUCAUGUAUUUUACACACACACACACACACACAAACAGUAUUGUGCAAAACUGGCCAGACUUGAUUUGUUAAUUUGUUAUUUUUCAUGAUGUUAUUUAUCCUUAUUUUUGCCCAAAUCGGGGUGCUGGCCCUAACUGUGUAUUUUGCUUGAUUUAUGUUUUAGGAGAUUUUAAGAAGUUAAGAAGUAUUGAAACCUGCGUGUGUGUGGGGGGGGGCAGCGGCAGGAUGUUGUCAAAGGUGUACCUAUCAGUAUGCAUCUUUUAAACACCUUGUAUUAAUUUAUUUAUUUUGUCCCUGAGGUGAAAGCUGUAUUUGGAGGAGGUGAAGGGGGUGAAAUAUGUAUCGCUGUUUCUUAAAAGCAACACUACACCUAAACGGUUAAAUUAAGGUAGCAUUAACUAAGUAUGGUGUCAUGUUUCUCGUUUUAUCUAUCACCCUACCACCUGAACAGAAAAAAAUCAUUUGACAGGCAUGCUUCCAAAGCUGAGUGUUUUUCCUCCUAUCGCUGCUUCAAUUAUUUGAUGGUUGUUUGUUGUUCUGAAUAUUGAACUACUGAGGUUUUGAUCAGAUCUCAUCGAGGAGCCUAUCAGAGGGCAGGACGGGCUAGACCAAUCAGAGAAAAGGACAUGAUAGACCAAUCAGAGAACAGAACAGGAUAAGCCAAUCAGACAGGGGCUCUGUGACCUUCGACACCUGAGCUGUGACAUGAUGAUUACUAUACAUCAUCACCCUGUUAGGCACUCCCAUAGAUAUGUAGUAGAGAGCUCAUCUCUAUGUUAAAACUGGCCAAAUGUGCCCUCUAUCCACCUCUAUGGGCCUGCCAGGCCUAAUGAGAUGCAUGUGAACAGGCUCUGCGCUCCUGUCCAUUGCGUCAUCGCCGACAGACAGAAUUAAUGACCCUAACUCACAGACUGCAGCCAGACGGUACUCGUAGACAAAGAGACAAAGAUAAUAUUUGGUGCGUAAAGAAGGAAUGCCACGUUAAUAGCAGGACAGUUAGCGUUAGGAGGCUUUUUUCCGGUAAACGCUUUUACAGGGAGACAAACAUGAUGAGUGGGAUUGUGAUUCUACAUGUCCCGUUGGAGGUCUCUGCCUUGUGGGGCUACUGACCGUGAGCAUGACUCAGACUGACACCUGUAUUAUUAUCAACCUAAUUAUGCAAAUAUGAUGUUCAAAGUGUUCCGACGUAUCGAUGAUAUUGUAGUGUGAUAAAUGUAUCCUGAUGAUACAGUAUGAAUCUCUGUGGUACAGUAAGGACUGUCUAGAAUGUCACUACGUUGUCUGUACAGUGCACACGUGUGAAGCUUCAAACAUUUAUAAAAUAUAUAUUUUCAAUGCUUUUUCCGACGUCCAAAAUCCUUUUUUUUUUUAAUCCUGGGUCUGAACAUCAAGGUUGAGGAGGUCUUUGGGCUGUCAGUCUUGCAGGACAGAUUGUAAUGAUGCUGACGGUCUUUCCCGUUCCCUAUAUAUCCCAGAGAUGUUGUUAGUUACAGUAAUCCAAAACUCCAUCCUACCACGUUACCAUCCUACCAAGUUACCAUCCUACUGCAUUACCAUCCUACCAAGUUACCAAUCUACCACGUUACCAUCCUACCACGUUAUCCUUCUACCACGUUACCAUCCUACCGCAUUACCAUCCUACCACUUUACCAUCCUACCACGUGACCAUCCUACCACGUUACCAUCCUACCACGUUACCAUCCUACCACGUUACCAUACUACCACGUUACCAUUCUACUACGUUACCAUACUACCACGUUACCAUCCUACCACAUUACCAUCCUACCACAUUAUCAUUCUACCACGUUUCCAUCCUACCACGUUACCAUCCUACCACAUUACCAUCCUACCACGUUAUCAUUCUACCACAUUAUCAUUCUACCACGUUACCAUCCUACCACGUUACCAUCCUACCGCGUUAUCAUUCUACCACGUUAUCAUUCUACCAUGUUACCAUCCUACCACGUUACCAUCCUACCACGUUACCAUUCCACCACGUUAUCAUCCUACCACGUUACCAUCAUACCUCAUUACCAUCCUACCGCGUUACCAUUCUACCACGUUACCAUCCUACCACGUUACCAUCAUACCAUUUUAUCAUCCUACCAUGUUACCAUCCUACCAUUUUAAUAUCCUACCAUGUUACCAUCCUACCGCAUUACCAUCCUACCACACUACAUCCUACCACAUUACCAUCCUACCAUUUUAAUAUCCUACCAUGUUAGCAUCCUGCCGCGUUACCAUCCUACCAUUUAAUAUCCUAACAUGUUACCAUCCUACCAUUUUAAUAUCCUACCAUGUUACCAUCCUACCGCAUUACCAUCCUACCACACUACAUCCUACCACAUUACCAUCCUACCAUUUUAAUAUCCUACCAUGUUAGCAUCCUGCCGCGUUACCAUCCUACCAUUUAAUAUCCUACCAUGUUACCAUCCUACCAUGUUACCAUCCUACCACAUUACCAUCCUACCAUGUUACCAUCCUACCAUGUUACCAUCCUACCGCGUUACCAUUCUACCGCGUUACAUCCUACCACGUUACCAUCCUACCGCGUUACCAGCCUGUUAAAGUUCCCAUGUUGUAUAGCUAGCUGCAGGGUAACUAAGCUCCUCUCUGAAGGCUCACACUUAUAGCCAUAUAGCCUGAUGAAUGUUUACUUGAAACGAUGACACCCCACUCCAAAAUAAUGCAACGCUUGUGAACUUAGAGACUUCCACUCACCCACCCCUUCCCCAGACCAUCCUAUUUCUACAGUAUAGAUUAUUGUUGUUUCUGUACAUCCCCAACAAACUGUGCCAUACACAUAUCCAUAUACAUACAGUACUUCAAGAAUACUUCAAGAGUACUUCAAGAGUACUUCAUAGUACUUUUGACUUUGGGAGGCCUGAGACCCAUCGUUUGAGGCUGUGAGUUUGUGAGAGAAUGCCAGAGGCUGGUACAAUCCCUGUGAGGAGUUGGUACAUCAGUCAUGACGUCCGUGAUGUUGGUUGGACACUAACAGAAUAUGUUGGUACAGUGAGGAGUGAGUGGGUGCUUGCAGUCCACAAGAUAUGCAAAAACAAUGCACUAACUUUAAACAACAAGAUCCAUAUUAUUAAUUAUAAAACUUUUU